AGAACUUAAGAAGAAGGUCUUGGUUUCCAAGGUGUGAAAUAAAUUAAAAAAAAAAAGAUGGGGAGAGGUAAGAUUGAGAUCAAGAGGAUUGAGAACACAAACAACAGGCAUGUGACUUACUCAAAGAGAAAAACUGGGAUCAUGAAGAAGGCUAAGGAGAUCACAGUUCUUUGUGAUGCUAAGGUUUCCCUCAUCAUCUUCGGUACUUCUGGAAAGAUGCAUGAAUAUAUAAGUCCUUCAACAAAUUUGGUUGAAAUGUUGGAUGCUUACCAGAGGUCUACUGGAAAGAAGCUGUGGGAUGCUAAGCAUGAGAAUUUAAGCAAUGAAAUUGAUAGAGUUAAGAAAGAGAACGACAGCAUGCAGAUUGAGCUCAGGCACCUAAAGGGGGAAGACAUCACAUCUUUGAAUUACAAAGAGCUCAUGGUUUUAGAAGAUGCCCUAGAAAAUGGGCUUGCAGGUUUACGCAACAAACAGAGUGAGAUCAUCAAGAUGAUCAGGAAAACUGGGGAAAUGCUGGAGGAGGAGAAUAAGCAGCUUCAAUACAUAUGGCACCAACAAGAGAUGGCAAAUAUGAAGGGUGCUAUUGGUGAGAGGGAUGAUGUUUAUCAAAGGGUCAGAGACUACCCAUCCCAGAUGCCUUUUGCCUUCCGGGUGCAGCCAAUGCAGCCAAAUCUUCAUGAGAGGAUUUAGAGCUCUACCAAAAAACAAAAGCAUUUUAGCUAAGCUUUGCUGCUUGAAAUGCAAGUUCUUAAGAUUUCAGAAGUCUCCUUUGAGUAAAAGCUUGUAAUAAAGCAAACUUUGAUAGUGCUAUGAGACUAUAUGUUGGAUAGCUGUAUCUAUCUAUGCAUGUGAUUUUAUGUUGUUCUUUGUUUGUGUUUGUCUUUCUUUUUUUCAUUGUUUUUCAUCUUUUGAAUCUGAAUGGCAUGUGUGUGGGCACUUUUGACUUGCCUUCUCUAAUAUU